AUGGGUUCUGAUCUUGGUGAUGCCGCAAGCGUGUGGAAUAACGCGUCAUUGGGACUGCACAGCGAGCUCCGCUCCUACGCGUCCUCCUCCAACAGCUCCAACUCGAGCUCGGUCUCCGGGCCUGGUGGCAGCGCACACUUCAGCCUGGCUCGGGCUCUGCCUGUGGGCAUGCUUCUGGGCGCAUUUAUAGUGUUCGCGAUCGUAGGCAACAUCUUGGUUAUCCUGUCCGUGGUGUGCAACAGGCACCUGCGCAUCCCAACUAACUACUUCAUCAUCAACCUGGCCAUUGCGGAUCUCUUGCUCGGUACCACUGUGCUCCCGGUGUCCGCCACACUGGAGAUCCUGAACUACUGGGUCUUCGGGAGGAUUUUCUGUGACAUCUGGGCUGCCGUAGAUGUCCUGUGUUGCACAGCAUCCAUCAUGAGCUUGUGCGUAAUAUCCAUCGAUAGGUACAUUGGAGUACGGUACCCUUUACAGUACCCGAGCAUUGUGACCGAGAAAAGAGCGCUCCUGGCCAUGCUGGGAGUUUGGGUACUUGCUUUGAUUAUAUCCAUCGGACCUUUGCUUGGAUGGAAAGAGCCGCCUUCUGAGGAUGAGACCGUUUGUCCCAUAACAGAAGAGCCGUUUUAUGCGCUUUUUUCCUCUCUCGGUUCUUUCUACAUCCCCCUAGCAGUGAUUUUGGCCAUGUACUGCCGCGUUUACAUCGUCGCCAAAAGGACCACUAAGAACCUGGAAGCUGGAGUGAUGAAGGAGCGCAAUGACUCCAGUGAGCUCACACUCCGAGUGCACUACAGAGGCUCACACAGCCAAGAUGACUGCAGCAGCUCGGGCAAGAGCCAAAUGAGGAGCUCACUCAAUGUGAAAUUACUCAAGUUUUCUAGAGAAAAAAAAGCUGCCAAAACUCUUGGUGUUGUAGUGGGCAUGUUCAUCCUGUGCUGGUUACCAUUUUUCCUCGUACUGCCCAUCGGUUCCUUCAAUACCAACCUGCGUCCUCCAGAGACAUUUUUCAAGGUAAUCUUCUGGCUCGGUUACUUCAAUAGCUGCCUGAACCCCAUCAUCUAUCCAUGCACCAGCCGCGAGUUUAAACAGGGAUUUAUCCGCAUCCUGCGCUGUCAGUGCCACCAGAGGAAGGGCUGGAGACCCUACAACUACCGAUCCCACAUGGGCCCCGCUAGUCAGAUCUACACGGACAACAGUUCGGUUUGCAUGAACGGCAAUCAUGCUUCCCCCAGCCCUCGGUUCUUCAGCAGAGGAACUGGCUCUCAUAAUGCAUCAGGUCUCUUACCAGGCUGGAGUUCCUCCUCCACAUCUCUGUCUAGCAGCUCCUUCCCUAGGAAGUUCAUUGCCAGCCCGGGACCAGUGUGUGAAAUUUCAGACAAAUCCAGCAGGACGACUCUUCUUAUUCCUGAUAGGGCUCCAGUAAAAGAGCCCCAGCAUGCCAAUGGGCAGAACAUUAAAGAAGAGGUCGAACCAGAGAUAAAUUGCAGACUCACGCCUGAAAUUAAACUGUAG